UUUUUUUUGGGAGCGACUUCCAUUAGCUUACCUACGAGCAUCAUGCGACAACUGCAGCAGCACAUUACGUAAAGUCUGAGUUUGUUCAUGAGUUGGUGAAGCUGCUGGAGAAACUUGUUCACCGAGCUUGUCAUUUUGUUGGGUCCCCUCACCUUGAUUCUCACGCCACACCCAGCCGGUGAGGAGCCUCUCCCUGCGGCCCCCUGCGGAGGUCAGGAUGGGCUCCCUGAGGACACCGGGAGCUCUGCCUGCUUGGAAAGCUACUAUUUUCCUCUUCAACAUAGUUUCAGCCGCUCUGGCCAAAAGACACGUCGUGUACUGGAACUCUACAAAUACCAGGUUAACAGAGGGAGGACUGUCCGUCCAGGUGAAUCUGAAUGACUACCUGGACAUCUACUGUCCCCACUAUCCCAGCAAGGGGACCCUGGGCUCUGGGCAGCAGGAAACAUUGGCACUCUACCUGGUGAAAGAGGCGACUUUCAAGGGCUGCGUGGAGACCAGGGGGGCCAUCAAGCGGUGGGAGUGUAACACCCCCAACGCUCCAUUUGGACCAGUGCGCUUCUCAGAGAAGAUCCAAAGAUUCACCCCCUUCUCGCUGGGGUUUGAGUUUCUGCCAGGGCACCACUACUAUUAUAGCUCUCUACCCACAGAUGAAGGCCCUCCACUGCCAUGUAUGAAGCUGCGUGUCACCGUGUGUUGUGAGCCCACAUCACAGGGUUCACAACGAACACAAGAAAAUAUAGCUAGAGGUGGUGUUUGUUCACUGUCAACGACUUCACUUCCAUUCCUCCUCAUCCUCGUCCUACUGCUGACUACCUGAGUCGCUCAUCCGUCCCCACCGCUGACCUUGCACCUGCUCUCCGUGGGAACGGGGAGUUAUUACUCAGACACUCAAUUACAAGUACAAUGCAAUCUAUGCUCAGACGGUGAAUGACACAAUGCAAUCUUUGCUAAACUCUUGCAAAUGACACAUAUUACCUGGCUGUUUACCUGUGAAAUUCCAGAAAAAAUCAGGUGUCUUCUUGAAAACAACGCUCACAGUGACUCAGGGACCGACACACUGAAUCACAGUGAUUAUUUCUUGUUAGUUUCUCCCACUUGUACAAGUUGUACUGCCGACUAUUACGCACAGAGUGAGGCAAAGUCAUAAGACUCAUAUCCCACUCUGAUGCCAAAAGAACAAUGAGUCUGCCAGAACUUGUUCCGGGAAAGUUUCCUCACUUUUUCAUCUCUGUUUCUCAGUCCGUUUCUCAUUUUCUACUUGUUUUGUUGUAUUUAGCUCUUUUUUAGUACUUGCCUCCAGUUGAAAAGUGGCCAAAUAAACACGUACUACUGC